GCAGCUGUAAAAAAAAAAAAAAAAAAAAAAAAACAGGGCAGGAAACUUGAAAGGCGAUGUGUUGUCAAAUUUCAUUUGGCAAGAUGUCGGGCCACGAUCAGCUGGUCCACUGUUUGUGUGAAAUAACCAGGUUGCUGUGGAAGUUGCUGCUGCCCCUGGUGUUUCUGUGCGUGCUGCUGAUCGCCGUCCUCGUCCUGCUGGUGCUGGCGGUGCGUCUCUGGCUGCAGAGCAGCAGGAACGCUCGGCGGGCGAGAGACGGCCGUCCCACCGUGGCCUUCUUCCACCCCUACUGCAAUGCCGGUGGCGGUGGGGAAAGGGUGCUCUGGUGUGCCAUCAGGGCUCUACAGAACAGGUACGUGGACAUCAACCUUGUGGUGUACACGGGGGACCUGGGUGUGACGGGCCAGCAGAUUCUGGAAGGGGCGCGGCGCCGUUUCAACAUCGUGCUCCCCCGGCCGAUUCAGUUUGUGUUCCUGAGGCACCGGCUGCUCGUGGAGCCCGGCCUGUUUCCUCACUUCACCCUGCUGGGACAGAGCGUGGGCUCCAUCUUCCUGGGGUGGGAGGCGCUGACGGAGUUCGUCCCAGACCUGUACAUCGACUCCAUGGGCUACGCCUUCACUCUGCCCCUGUUUCGCUACUUGGGAGGCUGCAGCGUGGGGAGUUACGUUCACUAUCCCACCAUCAGCACUGACAUGCUGUCUGUAGUGAGAGAAAGGAACCCCAGGUUCAACAACCCCGACUACGUCUCCAACAGUCUGUUCCUGAGUGCUUUCAAGGUGGUUUACUACUGCCUGUUCGCCCUGCUCUACGGCAUGGCCGGCUCCUGCAGUGACCUCAUCAUGGUCAACUCUUCCUGGACUCUCGAUCACAUCCUGUCACUGUGGCGCGCUCCCAACCGCACCAGCGUGGUCUACCCACCCUGCGACGUCAGUGGGUUCCUGGACGUGCCGCUGGAGGAGGACGGGGACAGGAAGUGCCACUCGAUCGUCUCCAUCGGGCAGUUCAGGCCGGAGAAGGACCACCGGCUGCAGAUCAAAGCGUUCAAGAGGGUGUUGGACAGGAGGAGGGAGGGGCUUGGGGGCAGGGAGGCCCUGAAGUUGGUCCUGAUUGGUGGGUGCAGGGACCAGCAGGACGAAGACAGGGUGCUCAUGUUGCGGGGGCUGUGCCAGGAGCUGGGUAUCGGCGACAGGGUUGAGUUUAAACUGAACAUAUCCUUCGAGGAACUGAAGCGAGAGAUGGGGGAAGCCACCAUCGGGCUGCAUACCAUGUGGAACGAACACUUUGGAAUAGGCGUCGUGGAGUGCAUGGCAGCAGGGAAGGUCAUGCUUGCCCACAAGUCCGGCGGCCCCAAGUUGGACAUCGUGGUGCCUUACGAGGGCGGCCAGACCGGCUUCCUGGCCGACGACGAGGAAAGUUACGCCGAGGCCAUAGACAGGAUCCUGGCGCUGCCGCCAGCCAUGCGGCUGCAGAUCAGGCGCAACGCGCGUCAGUCUGUGGCUCGCUUCUCAGAUCAGGAGUUUGAAGCAUGUUUCCUCACUGCUAUGGAGCCUCUGAUGGGAACACUUGAACGAUGAGAGGGGGACUCAUUAGUUGCCUGUGUGUAUAGUUACGCUGGAUAGUUACUUUGAGCACCUUUUCUUUGAUGCACUUAGGGCUGCAUUCACACUGUACGACUGGUGACAAAAUGGGAUUAUAUUGACACAGUUACUGCUCACAUGCUCAUACAGGGCGGACCAAAUUGUCAACACAUGCCGACACCAAGCAUUAGUGCACACGAAUUUGUUCUAAAAAGCAGAAAAAAACCCUCCCACAUAAGAGAACCUUAUACAUCUCCAUAAUCCACUGUAUCAUGUUUUGAGCAAGUGCUCUUCCUCUUUUCAAUUUCGUAUUAUUCUUAUAAAAACCUGUGCACAGUUUAUGUACAUGGCCCCUAUCAGAAAUAAUCUUUUUAAAAGGUGAGUGCUUAUUAGGUACGAUUAGGAUCUAAUUCUGUCUACGGAGUAACGAAUGCAGCUGCAGAAAACUGUGUAGUUCUGUUACACAAGUAUCUGUAAAUACUAGAUUAUCCUGUGACAUGCCACUUCAAGCUCUUGUCACAUUUUUUUUUUUUUGUUACAGGACACAUUCCUUUUGUCAGUAGUGUUGGUUUAAUUAAAGAGAUUAUAUUUAAUGUGAUGGUAAUGGGACUCAAUGUCAUGUUCAAAAUGUGAAGUAUUUUUUUAUAUUGAUGAUGAAUGUAAUAAAGAUAUGAUGAGUAAGGGG